AUGUGCCGAAAGUUACAUGCGCUUCUCUCCAGCAGAUACAGCAAGACGAAACACUGGUCAAAAGUUACAAAACCAGUCGACUUUGAAAUCAAUUUCCAGGAAGAUUCCGACGAACUGCGUGGCGUAUGCAACCAGCGAAACGCAGAUCCUCACUGCACGAUCAACCAAAUUAGAAAGCAAAUUUCUAGCAAUCCAAAAGAAUUUUCAUGGCGAUCUGCAUAUCAAUUUGAAGCCCCGAGGCUCAGCUUUCUAGAAAGACCAACCUACACCUUAACGUCGAAUUCGACAAAGAGUUAUCACAGUAUUUCUGUCUCUGCUGCAAGAUCGCAAGACAAACCAUCUAGCAACCUAUAUCCCAGAUCGCUCGUCAGAUCAUCUGAUAGCUUGCCUUGCAGCUUGUUAGCAAGAUCAUUUGGUAACCUAUCUCACUGCUCGGCUCAUCAGUCAGGUCAUUUCUCUGCUAGGCAUUCAGAUCAUCUAGGAGAGCAUCCCACAGCUCCUCAACAACUCAUGAGGUCCAUCAGACUACCUAACCCACAAGCUUAGCCUUGUUUUAUAUCGUCGACGCGUGCCAAGCUAAACUGACGUAUCUUGGAGGUUCAA